AUGGCACGAUCUUUUGUGAGAAAUCACCGAUCAUAUGAGACCACCUAUUUUGAAUCUCCAGCCAAUACAAUUCUUGCAUAUCAUCAUCAACCAUUAAAAGUUCGUUCUCUGUGUGAAAAUACCGUGACUUCCUAUCAAAAUUUCUUUCGCAAACUUUUAUCAUUAAAAAUGGGUGAUCAACUGGAAUGUGCAUUAGAUCUUAUGAGACGACUUCCUCCUCAAAACACCGAGGAAAACCUUUCACAACUCAUAUCUCUCAUUCCUUCUCUUCAUGAGGACUUGGUUAAUGCUGUUGACCAACCACUUAAAGUUGCGACAUGUCCAAUAACGAAAAAGGAAUAUUUACAGUCAACCUUUAACAGGGAUGGUGAUUCUUUUCGAUCUCCUUGGUCAAAUGAAUACGAUCCACCCAUGAACGAUGGUAUGGUCCCGUCCCAAAAAACACGAAAAUUGGAGGUUGCAGCAAACGACGCUUUUAAUACAUAUCGAGAAAUGUAUUACGAGGGUGGUCAUUCUGCAGUUUACUUUUGGGAUGACCCAAACCAGGAUGGAUUUUCCGGAUUUUCUGGCGCCGUGCUAUUUAAAAAAGUUGGCGAUGGUAUUCGUAAAAUGAAGGGUGCUUGGGAUUCGAUUCACGUCUUCAAGGCAAAUGAACGAGGUCGUAAUGCUCAUUAUAAAUUGACAUCUACUGUCAUGUUAUAUACGAUUACAAGUAAACCUGAACUUGGAAAUAUGAACUUGUCUGGUAGUAUGACGAGACAGUUCGAGGCAGAUUAUCCAUUCGAUGAACCCAAUGCUCAUAUUGCUAACAUUGGCCGAAUGGUUGAAGACAUUGAACUCAAAAUGCGCAAUUUACUUCAGGAAGUAUAUUUUGGAAAAACAAAAGAUAUCGUUAAUGAUUUAAGAUCAAUUAAUUCGCUCGCUGAAUCUCAGAAACAGGCUAAUAUUCAUAAAGAGUUGGUAGGACAAUUAUUGGAACGAAAAUCAUAA